CAUGCUACCAUUGCCAAGGCGAUUCCACCCCGAAUCGCUGGUCCUAUAAGCUCAACUCUCCUUCCCUCCCCAACCUCCAACGGCCAUUGCCGGCGCAAAGCUUGAAGUUUGGACGCCGCAAGGACAGAAUACGCCGACAAUUAGCAUAGUGCCAUUACACAUGAAGAUCUGAUAUGAUUCAUUCGAGUCAGACUCGCUUCCCUUUAAGUCUCCCGCUGACAGACAGAGGCGAUUGCCUCGACUGGCCUCCGAAACCAUAAGCCUCAGAUGCUCUGCACUCUUCAGCAAUGGCCCGGCGUCAACGAGGGCUGCUCAUCAGGAGCAUGAUCUUCCUCUUCGUUCUCAACUCCCUAUCCCUUGCUCUAUACUUCUUCUUCCAUUCCCCCUCUCCUCCCUCUCCCGAAACCCUAAGCCCAUCACUAACCACUACCUCCCUUAAGUCUUGGCCUUCCCUGCCCUCCUUCCUCCCCUGGAAUCCUAGCCCCAAGCCUCCUCUCCGCUCCUGCGAGGCCUACUUCGGAAACGGCUUCUCUCGCCGGAUCGAUGCAUACGGUGGUGGCGACCGUGGCGGGUGGUUCCGGUGCUUCUAUUGCGCGACGCUCAAGAGUUCCGUAUGCGAAGGGGGACGCGUUCGGAUGGAUCCCAGCAAGAUCAAUAUGUCCGGUGGAGGGGAAGGUUUGAAGUCGGUUAUGGGGCGUAGUGAGGAGGAGGAACUGCCCAAAUUUGAGAGCGGGUCAUUUGAAAUUGAGGGAGAUGGAAGCGAGGGCAGCGGUGGUGGGAGGGUGGUGGAUGAGGAGUUUCUCGAUCGGUAUGUGCCGCAUGGGGCUGUGCAUCAUCAUACAAUGCGGGAAUUGAUGGAGUCGAUGAGAAUUGUUGGGCCUGGAGAAUUUCAAUGCUCACAGUGGAUAGAUGAACCUACAAUUCUGGUGACACGUUUUGAGUAUGCAAACCUUUUCCACACUGUUACUGAUUGGUAUAGCGCAUAUGUCUCUUCCAGAGUUACAGGCUUGCCUAACAGGCCUCAUCUGAUAUUUGUUGAUGGCCAUUGCAAGACAACUUUGGAGGAAACUUGGGAAGCACUCUUUACUAGCGUCAGAUACGCCAAACAUUUUUCAGGCAGCGUGUGUUUUCGGCAUGUGAUACUUUCUCCUUUGGGGUAUGAGACAGCAAUGUUCAAAGGUUUAUCUGAAUCAUUUACUUGCCAAGGGACAACAGCAAACUAUCUCAGAGCAAACCCCGAGAACCAGAAAACAGCCAGAUUAUCUGAAUUUGGGGAGAUGAUCCGUGCAGCUUUUGGUCUUCCAGCUGAUGAAAACUCACUAAAGAGGCCAUCCACAGUCCAUAAUAUCCUCUUUGUCCGUCGUGAAGAUUACUUAGCUCACCCUCGUCAUAGUGGAAAAUUGGAGUCUCGGUUGACUAAUGAGCCUGAGGUUUUUACUGCAAUACAGAAUUGGGCAGCCAACCACACUAAAUGCAAUUUGCAUGUUGUUAAUGGAAUCUUUGCUCAUAUGUCGAUGCGAGAGCAAAUCCGCGCCAUUUAUGAGGCUUCAGUUGUUAUAGGGGCUCAUGGAGCUGGUCUUACACACUUUGUCUCAGCAAGAUCAAAAACAAUUUCUCUUGAAAUAAUCAGCGGCCAAUAUCAGCGUCCACAUUUUUCAUUAAUUUCUCAGUGGAAAGGACUAGAAUAUCAUGCAAUUAACCUUGCUGGAUCAUAUGUCAGACCUGAAAUGGUCAUUGAUGAGCUUAGUAGCAUAGUGAGGAGCCUUGGAUGCUAAGAAGAGCUAUGGUUUGAAACUUCAGUCACACCAAAUCUCACAUUAGCUGCUAGCCUUUUGUUUUUUGAAAAUUUACAUACAUACUACUUAAUUCCUAUGUAUUUACAUAUCUAA